CUCGAGCGCACAUGAACUGCGCCAUUUGGGACAGAGCCUUAGUAGGAGAAACACAGUAUGUGACUAGAGGAGUAUGUCCAAACUAAGAGUAAGAGUAGCCAGAUGACCUCCUUCUCCAGACAAGACUCUGAAGUGUGCAUGCGAUGGACACUUUACUGUCCCAUGAGGCAAUGGGAGAGGAUUUGGCUCCCUUCAGUAGGUACUUGUUUUGAAUAAGUAUUUUGCGAGCACUAAAACAAACAUGUUCUCUAUAAUAUAAAUGUGUACAAUAUGAAUGUAAUCCGGACACACAAUCGCCAUGUUGUCAUUGUCACGUGACCUUUACUUCCGUUCACAAUCCUCUGGGGCACGGUGCGCAACAUUUUGCUACGUUUUCCGGGUUGAACGUCAUGUUUCCUGGAAACGGUGUGCAACAGGUGAACACCUGCGUCUGUGUCCUCGCGAUUACACCUGCUGCUCCAGUGUGAUGGAGGAUACGCUCGCGCGCCAGAGUGAGGCUGACUUCCUGUCUGCGGUCCGAGACACCAGCCAGUUCCUGCUCACCACCUUCACUCAGAGACACCGCAAGUUUGAUGAGUUUUUCCAGGAGCUGCUGGACGUGGCAGAGAAAUCGAUGAAUGAGAUGUUCACGCAGACGUACGGUCACCUGUACACGCAGAACGCUCACAUCUUCCGGCAGCUGUUCGCAGACCUGCGGCGCUUCUACACGGGUGGCACCGUGAGUCUGUCUGAGGUUCUGGCUGAUUUCUGGGCAGGACUGGUCGAGCGCAUGUUUUCUCUGGUUAACCCUCAGUAUCAGUUCACAGAGGACUAUCUAGUGUGUGUCAGCAAACACGCUGAACAACUACAGCCGUUUGGAGACUUGCCACAUAAACUGCACAUACAGGUGUCUAGAGCGCUAACUGCGGCGCGGGCGCUGGUUCAGGGUUUAGCUGCCGGCAGAGACAUCGUGAACAAGGCGACAAAGUUGACUGUAGGAUCCGAGUGUGUUCGGGCUUUAAUGCGUCAGUGGUUUUGUCCGCUCUGUCAUGGAUCUCCUUCACUCAAGCCCUGUCAUUCGCUGUGCCUGAACGUCAUGAAGGGCUGCUUGGCCAAUGAGGCCGACUUAGACACUGAAUGGAACAAUUUCAUUGACGCUCUGAUGCUGCUGGUGCAGAAGCUCGGCGGGCCGUUUCAUUUCGAGUUGGCCACGGACUCCAUCGCAGUGAAGGUGUCUGAAGGCAUCAUGUACAUGCAAGAGAACAGCAUCACCGUCUCUGCAAAGGUGUUUCAGGGCUGUGGGAUUCCUCGGCCAACUCCUGCCAGAAACAAACGCUCACCAAGAGAGAGAGACAAUGGCAAACCAGCCUUCAGAACCUACAGCGCUGAGGAGAAACCCACCACCGCAUCGGGAACCAACCUGGACCGACUGGUGGAGGAGCUGCAGGAGCGUCUGAGGCCCAUGAGGGGAUUCUGGGUAGCGCUGCCUCACACCAUCUGUAACGAUGAACGCAUGGCCGCUGACGUCACCAACGAGGACCGCUGCUGGAAUGGACAGACGCGCGGCAGAUACCUGCAGUCUGUGACCGCCGACGGGCUGGUCAAUCAGAUUAAUAACCCAGAGCUGGAGGUGGAUGUUGCUCGACCAGACGUCAAAACUCGGCGGUUAAUCAUGGAGCUGCGAGUGGCUGUAAACAGACUGAGACUCGCUCAGACCGGACGAGACGCAGAUUUCAUCGACAGUGACGUGGAGGGCGGCAGCGGCUCUGGCGGCGCAGCUGAAGCGGGCGAGCGGUUCAGUGACGACUGGCCGGGUUACGGUUCGUUCUCUCCUCCUCGUAACACUCUCCCUGUGGACAAGCCGCCCCGCCCCCGUGACAGGCUCCGCCCCCGGGACAUGCCUACCAAUAAAAGGAACCGUCUGAAUGGACGAAGCCGAUCAGAUGCUGGAAGACUGUCUCCUGCGCUCCUGUCUGCUCUUCUCCUUCUUGCUGUCUGUUUUUCACUCUGCCUUUAAUAAGAUCCACGUGAGCACAAACACCAGCACCAGCAGAUCAAACCGCAAGAGAACUGUUUACAUUCGUCUAUUUUUACAAAGCAAUGCUGUGCAUUCUCUAGUUCUCUCUGAUUGGUUAGUAGUCUGUGGUCAGCUGAUCUCGCACAAUGAUUUGAUGUGACGUUCGACACCGUUCCUGUAAUCAUGAGGAAUGUUAGUUUGAUGCAUUGAGGAUUUUUCAAUUUUUCGGCCUAUUACCAUGUUUGUAUAACGUUGAAUGUACUGUUGUAAACUGAUUUUAUUUAUUUAUUUAUUUAUAUUUAUUUAGCCUUAUGUACAGUGUUUGUGUACUGUAUCUGUAUGUGUGAAUGAAACAGUGAAGGACUACAGACGGAUGAACAGAAAGGUUAGAGGUCGAUCUGUUGUUGGUUUAGUCUGAACCUGUAGCAGUAGAUUUGAACGAUUAAAGAAAACAUGUUUCAGA